CGAGAGGAGGGAAACGGCGCAGGGUUUGAAACAUGGCGGACGACGUGGACCAGCAACAAACUACCAACACAGUAGAAGAGCCCCUGGAUCUCAUCAGGCUCAGCCUGGAUGAGCGCAUUUAUGUAAAAAUGCGAAACGACCGAGAGCUUCGAGGAAGAUUACAUGCUUAUGAUCAACAUUUAAAUAUGAUAUUGGGAGAUGUGGAGGAAACUGUGACUACUAUAGAGAUUGAUGAAGAAACAUAUGAAGAGAUAUAUAAAUCAACAAAACGGAAUAUUCCAAUGCUCUUUGUUCGGGGAGAUGGUGUUGUACUUGUUGCACCUCCACUGAGAGUUGGCUGAAAAAGUUUAUCCUGUGUGGAAAAGAGGAGACUGUACAAUUGCCUCUCUAAUGUAGAAUAUUUUGAAAAGAGAAACCUGCACAAAUUGUGAUAUUCAGAAGUAACCAAGGACUCUUCCACUCCUGAAGUGAGUUGAUUUGCAGAAAACUUGCAAGUUCUUAAGCUGUGGCAUUUUUGUUUUUCUCCAACACAUCCAAUAAAUGUAAUCACGAAAAUGCAGAACUCUUU